CAGUGAUCAGUUUCGCGAGAGAAGUCGGUGGAUGCGGUUCUUAGAAAAUGCUGUUCUUGAUGCUGGUCGGAUUUUUAAGUGUCCUUCUUUACUGGCUCUUCAAUCUUAACAAGGAUUACUGUGUCCUUGCCUUCUUCGCGAAAAGAAUUCGAACCAGCGAUGGAAAGCCUGUGGAAAGUAUAGCUCCAAUGGUCAAGGGAAACACCAUAUUUGGCAACAGUUUCGACUUGUACGGCAAAGAUCACACGGGUGUGUUUAAUCACUCUCGUGACCUGGCAAAACAAAUGAAAGAGAGCUAUUUUGAAUAUGGGAUGGGUACGGCCAUUUAUAACAUUAUCGAUGCUGAAAAUGCAGAGGCUGUGCUUAACGAUCCCAAUCUGAUUAACAAGGGAAUAGUAUACAAUUUCCUGCACCCAUUUUUGAAAACUGGAUUGUUGACAUCUACUGGAAAGAAAUGGCAUGCACGACGCAAGAUGCUUACCCCUACAUUCCAUUUCAAUAUUUUGAACCAGUUUCAGGAGAUAUUCAAAGCGGAGAGUCUGAAGUUCUUAGACAAAUUCAAGGGCCAAAACGAGGCAACUAUUUCAUUGAACGAGGUCAUACCCAGAUUUACCCUGAACAGCAUUUGCGAGACCGCCAUGGGUGUCAAAUUGGAUGAGAUGGCCGAGAAGGGAGAUCGUUACCGGGAGAACUUUAGCCAAAUAGAAGAAUGUUUCAUCCGUCGUUUGAGUAACCCGCUUUUGUGGGGAGACACUCUGUUCAACUUGUUUGCAGCCAAGGAUUAUGCAGCUGCCCUCGAUGUGGUCCAUGGAUUUUCAAGCGAGAUCAUUGCGAAGCGGAGAGUUUUGCUGGAGGAUGAGCUGGAUAAAAGACGAGCCACUCAGUCGGCUGACGAUGAUGUAUUCCUUACGAAGAAGCGAUUCGCCAUGUUGGACACCCUGAUUUGCGCUGAGAAGGAUGGCCUAAUUGAUCACAUUGGCAUUUGUGAGGAAGUGGACACUCUGAUGUUCGAAGGCUACGAUACCACGUCAAUAGGUCUAAUAUUUGGUCUCAUGAACAUGUCCUUGUAUCCCGACAAGCAAGAGAAAUGCUUCCAGGAGAUCCAGGAGCACAUAGACGAUGAGUUGGUCAACUUGGACAUCAGUGGCUUGAGCAAGCUUAAAUACCUGGAAUACUUCUUCAAAGAAACCAUGCGCCUAUUUCCCUCCGUUCCCGAUAUGGGAAGAGAAACCAGUCGGGAAACGGAGUUGGCCAAUGGUCUAAUUAUGCCAAAGGACUCUCAGAUCGUGAUUCAUGUCUUUGACAUUCAUCGCAACCCCAAGUACUGGGAUUCCCCGGAAGAGUUCCGACCGGAGAGAUUCCUGCCUGAAAAUUCCCAGAAUCGUCACACUUAUGCCUAUAUUCCUUUCAGUGCUGGUCAGAGAAAUUGUAUUGGUCAAAAGUACGCCAUGCAGGAGAUGAAAACGCUGAUGGUGGCCAUUCUGAAGCAGUUCCAGAUUCUCCCACUCAUCGAUCCCAAGAGCAUUGUUUUCCAAGAAGGAAUAACUCUGCGAACCCAGAACAAAAUUCAUGUGAAGCUUGUGAGAAGAAAGUGACUCAGCUUUAAGCGAAAGGAUUUAUUCCAGGAACUCUGAUAACCAUAAACUGCGAUGUAAAAUGCUCGUA